AUCGUUGAAAGACGUCAGGGUGAGUGAGAUUUAGGUAUCCUGGAAAAUCGGGCCUGGCAGAGGACCGAGCGAGAGUGUAACGUGCACGGUGCACAAAGUGUUAGUUGAUUAGACCAACGACAAAUCGCGUCUCGCGUUGCGUGCAGUACCCGUGUUUUAAAGAUGGCCGCUGGAUGUUGUGGAACGAAAAAGCAAAAGUUAAACAACUCACUGAGCAUACCGUGUAACGGCACAUCCUCUCUGCAAAAUGGUCUACGAAACGGAAUUAUCGCUCAUCCGGAGAUGUGCUUCUUCUGCUUUGACGUCCUUUAUUGCCAGCUCCAUCAACUCGAUCCUCCAAAAACGCCAAACUUCAGCAAUGAUGCAUUCCCGUUAUUUGUGACAUGGGCUAUUGGAAAGGACAAACGAUUGAGGGGCUGCAUUGGCACUUUCAACGCGAUGCACCUUCAUGCUGGACUCCGUGAAUACGCAGCGACUAGUGCCUUCAAGGAUUCACGCUUUAAUCCCAUUACACGAGACGAACUUCCUCGCCUACAUGUCAGCGUCUCGAUUCUUCGUCAUUUUGAAGACGGUGCAGACUAUCUUGAUUGGGAAGUCGGUGUUCACGGUAUUAGGAUUGAGUUUCACAACGAAAAGGGCAACAAGCGCACUGCCACUUAUUUACCUGAAGUAGCCACUGAACAAGGUUGGGACCAAAUACAAACAAUCGACUCGUUGUUGCGGAAAGGGGGCUUCAAAGGAGUGGUCACGCCGGAUAUUAGGAGAAACUUGAAGCUAACUCGAUACAGGAGCGAAAAGGUCUCUGUGAGCUAUCAAGACUACAUGAGUCAUUGGCAUAGCCAGCAAUGCUAGCAGCUGGCCCGGAGUCCUUCGCAGGGACUCCCGCCUCGUUACCACCAACCGGACAUUGACUAUCGGUACAGAAACUCUGACCCAAGUUGUUAUCGCGCCUCUCAGACUCAGCGCGAUCCUUCGAUCCAGCAAACGCCUAGCAAUUACACAACAAUCCCUCAGCACACCUUAGUCAUGGUACAACCGAGCCACCCGUCGUCUUUCAUUCAUCCGAUUCCGCAAACGCAGGUUCCACCGGCGUUGAUACCGGUACAGAGUUACCCACCGUUUUGGUGGAAUAGACACGGUCCACCGCCCUUCCAGCAACCCCAUUCGUCGCAAAAUUCGCGCGAUUUUUACUGCCAAUCGCAGGGUACCUACGAACACGGUGUGCGCAAGCGAAAAUGACACCAGUGGCAAUUAUUGCGUGCAACUUUUCACUGUUUUAAAUGGUGCCUGUUAUACUUCGUAUGCUUUAGCAUACACAGUCUGCCAUUCAUGAUACCUUAUAGUCCUCCUUGAGGAUGCGUAUUAUUAUUGGAGAGUAAACCUUUGUCAUACGGUAGGGUAAAAAUUUUCAACGUCGUCAUUUGUCAGACAGUGUCGACUGAUUGAAGAAAGUAAUUCAAUUUUUUCCAUCAUACUGUUGUUUCGCUGUCUUCUUUAGUUCGUUCUUUAAUGCCUUUGAUAAUAUAGCUCUAGAUUAAUUGCGAGCUGAGUUGUGUGUCAAAAUUGUAUAUAUAUAUACAAUUAUAUAUAUAUAUAUAUAUAUAUUAAUACUCCAGUCGCGAUGAUGUUGUGAUCUGAAAAUGAAUAUUUUUGUCGUAUUAUUCUGUCCGAGACUGUAUUAAAAAUGAAUAUAUAUAUAUAUAUAUUUGAAAAAAAAAAUAAAAAAUAAAUAAUAAAAUAUUGAAAACUUUACAGCAAUAUUAGAGCAUCUAGUUGAAUAGCGAUAAUGCUAAAGUUCAUAUUCUAGCUCGCAAAUCUUUGAUUCAAAAUUGAAAUAAAAUCCCUAUCCUUCCUAUCUCUCUGUUAAAUACGUUUAAUUAAAUGAAAUUGAAUGAAAAAACAUUACUAAAAUUGAGGCAGAAGUUUUUACCAGAGUGUUUUUGAAUCGUAUGAAUAUUCACACACCUGUACUUAUCAUUAUCCGUUCGUUUUUCGGUGUUUCGGUAUAUAUCAAUUUAGUGGAUGAACCAAACAGUUUCACCAAAGCAUAAAGAAAAACCUGUGCACAAUUAAUUCAAAUAAGCGACCGUGAAAUUCAGUUUAUUAUUGAAUCCUCGAAAUUAUAUAGGCUCUCCAUCGCGAUGCCAACUUUUCUGUUAUUAUUAACCAUAAUUGAACAUAGAAAAAAAAAGAAUAAAUAAAAAAUUAAAAUAGGCAAAUAAUAGAAAAAUAUAUAUUAAAAUAAUUGUAGUUAAUAAUCUUCCCUUAUAUUGACGGUAUGAAAAAACAAAAAGUGUCUCGAUACUUUGUGCUGAGUUACUUAUAAAAUUCAGACAGAUUAAAAUAUACAAAAGUGGUUACAGAUCACACCAGAUGCAAAAUCUAUCGUAAUUGCAAUGUUACAAAUCCUGAUAUCACAAACACGUUACCAUCAUAACUAAAAGUAAGAUAUGUGCGUAAUACAUCUUUUUUCUCAGUUUGUAUUUCAUUGCUAUUUUUUAUUUUCGUUUCUUUGGAAAUGGAGACUUGUUUUUCACUGUUAAUUGCCAUGUAACUAUUAUUCAACGAUACUUUUUCCCUCGUCUGACCACGAUUACCUGUCAAUGUCCCAAUAUUUCAUCGAGAUGAGUUUAACCUAUGCAAUUUAUACAAAGUGAUCAGUUUCAAUGAGGUCAAUCAUCGAACGUAAACAUAUCAAAGAUGAUGACUGUGUAUAAACAAUUAGGAUACAUUCAGAGUAUAAAAUGUGAAUAGAAAAUUGACAAAAUUGACAAAACAUAAUGCGAUGAGGGGCAGUUAGACGUGUCUUGUAUCUGGAUAAACAAUUACUGCAAAUAAGUAUGUUGAGAGUGAUCCACAUUGUAUAUCUGUAAUAAGAAUAAUAAUGAUAACAAACAAUAAAUCUAAAAUGUAUGUUAAAACGAUUAACCUUAAGGGAAGGCGCAUAAAAAGCCUAAUAAAUGACGAUCUCAUUGUGAUUUUGAUUGCUCUGUGAUUAAUGUUGACGUCAUACAUAUAUGUACAACUUUGUAACAUUCGAUGCAUCGAGUGCUUGAUAAUAGUAUAGACUUGUUGUAUAUUUUAUUUUUGAUUUUUAAAAAAGUUUUCUCACUUUCAAAUAUUUGACUGACAAGUAAGCUCAGCUCAGAUUAAAUAUCCAGAAAAAUGCACGCCGGUAUCUUUCCCACCAAAGCGAUUGAGUGUCAUCCUUAAUUCGCGGUAAAUUGACUUAAAACGCAAAUACGUAUGCAAUGCGCAAUCCACAAACCUUUGAAUACCGCGUGGUUGACCGAAUACUCUGUGAAUAAAAACAGAUAUAUAAGCUUGUAGAUAUAUAUGCCUGAUUUAUUUCGUGCAUUGAAUGCAGCUAUUGUACAUAAGAUGGUUCGGAACAAAUUAAUAUCAAACCCUAUUAUAGAGCGUUUUUCGUUAAAAAAAAUUUUUGUUGUUAAUCAGGUGAUCAACCGUGUACUUUGGCAGAAUUUUCAAUGAAAUUCUUCCACUUUUUCAUGACUCCUUAGCUUUACUUAGAUCAUCCAGCCCAAUGAGGUAGCUGGUUUAAUUCACUGCCAAUUUAUUCAUUGUUGUUUCUAGAGUUUGCUAAUAAUAAUGAUAACAAUUAAUUAAUUAAUUAAUUAAUCAAAUUAUAACAUUCAUGUUGUUGAAUUUCGUUUAAUAUUAAUCUAUUCUAGUAGAUUAUUAUAAUAUACUGUAUACUCUUAUAUUGUCAUAAGUUGCCAGCUAUGCAAAAAAUUGCUAUCGUUUUAUUUGAGAAAAAGUCUUUUGGGUUGAACGUUAUCUACAAAUUUGCUAUUUAAAUCCACUUCAUUAUUCAGCUUUGAAAAUUCGUGAAAGAAGCAUUCAACAAUGUCGGAAAAGAUAUGUAGGUGAUUUAAAAGUGACGCUCGCGUCAUCUCUCGAUACCCGAUUCACACAUAUGGUAAUAAAAUUUGAAUAUUCCAAAUACACCUAAUCUUUCCAAUUGUUCAAAAAAUUUACGGUUAUUAAUGAAAUGCAAUAAUCUUCAACGAAAAAUUAUACAUUACCGCGAGCAGCUCCUUAUUUGAUAUUCUAAUAAAUUGUAAAUAGGAGAACAAACAAAGAAAUCAUUAUGUGCCUAGAUGUGUGGUUUACAUUAAAUCGAACAAUUGAUUACAAAAGCGAUUGAAAACAGAUUAUAGUUACUUUAGGUGUUCAAUGAGUAGUAGUGAAAAAAUAUUUGACAGGGAGAAAGAAUUGAAAAAAGAAAAGACGAAAAAAAUAUAGACGUAAACAAAUAAUAAUAAUAAUAAUAAUAAUAUUGUGAGCAACUUCUAGUUUAUAAUUAAACAUGAAAAUGUAUGGAAUUGCAAAAUAAAUAUUAAAUUUUCUAUA